CACAGGGGCACUCACUCACAGCAACGCCGCCAGCAGCGCGACGCGCUCGGCCUGCUGAGAGAAGACCUUCCCGGACGGCAGUACCUCGAGAGAGAGAGAGAGAGAGAGAGAGUGUGUGUGUGUGUGUCACCCAAGGCUGCGACGACUGUUUAUGCGCCUGCGCCAUGCUCGCCGGCUUCAUCUCGCCACCGCCUUCCCAGAGUGGCGGCCUCUCGACUUCUUCCACCACGAAAUCCUCCACGCCUCACGCAAGGAGGGCUCGCGGGCGCGCGUCGGCCGGCUACACACGCCGCACGGCACCGUGGAGACGCCCGGCUUUGUCGUCGUUGGAACCAACGGUGCGGUGAAGUUCGUCGACCAUCAUGCCGCCGAUGCAGCCGGCAUGGAGCUGAUGUUUAGCAACACCCUCCACCUAGAGGUGCACCCGGGCCCCGCCGCGGUUGAGGCGGCGGGCGGGCUGCACAAGUUUAUCGGCCGUGAGUCGCGCCCGCUCAUCACAGACAGCGGCGGCUUCCAAAUCUUCUCAUUCGCGCACAGAGGGCAGCGGGCAAUGCCGGGCGCUGAGGAGGCGAAGGAGGACGGCGAGGACGGCGGCGCCUCGCUCAAGUCGUCGCGUCCAUUCCCUGCGCGCCACAAGUACGAGGUCGCCGCGGCGAGCAGCAGGGACGGCCCUCCGCCGCCUCCACGCGUGCGCGUGAGCGAGGACGGCGCCAGCUUCCGCUCGUACCGCGACGGCCGGAUGCUGCACCUGUCGCCAGAGUCGACGGUCCGCUCUCAAAAGGCGCUGGGCGCAGACAUCAUCAUUCCGCUCGACGACCUCCCCGGCGCUGCGACCGCCGCGACGUCGCGCUCGAGGCUGGGGCACCGUCCACGACCCUCCGUGGCGCGAACGCACCGCUGGGAGGCACGCAGCCUGCGCGAGCAUCUGGGCGACGUGCGGCAGCAGGCCACGUCCCCGACACUGCCAUGGGGGGCGCGUAGGCGGCUCCGCUCGCUGUCGGUGGCGACACUGGCGCGGUGGCCCUUCGACGGCUUCUGCGUGGGGGGCUCGCUGGGUCGCGACCGGAGCGAGCUGGCUGCGCUGCUGCGGUACGUGAUGCCGCUUCUGCCGCGCGAGCGCCCAAACCACUUGCUCGGCAUCGGCGACGUCGAGUCGAUCCAGGUGGGGGUGCGGCUCGGGGUUGACACCUUCGACAGCUGCUGGCCGACGCGGCUCGGGCGGCACGGCACCGCGCUCACGCGCCACGGCAGCCUCAAGGUGGGCCAGGCGCGCUACCGCGACGACUACGGCCCGCUCGACGCUUCGUGCGAUGGCUUCGUCAGCAGACACCACUCCCGCGCCUAUCUGCACCACUUGUGGCGCGCAAAGGAGCCGGCCGUCCACGGGCUCCUCACGCUGCACAACAUAAAGUUCAUGGCCGACCUGAUGGCAGACAUGCGCGCGAAGAUCUGGCGCGACGAGCUCUAGUGCUUGCUUCGAGGAGACACUUUCGUCACUCACUCUGGCUGCCGGCGUGCCGCCUUCCUCGAGCGCAGUGACCACACAGUGUCCUCUCGGUUGCUCGGCAGUUCGGGGAGACACCGCUCACACCGCGGGGUCGCGCUCUCGCGACACCGAAGAGCGAGCGGCACACACAGCAAUUACCGUCAGCGGUUUGUUAUAGCGGAGCGUUUUCGCAGAGUACGUGAUCGAUAUCUUGUUGGUUUUCAAAAUCUCUCUCUC